AGAAGCUGUAUUGACUUUUCACCCCAGCAUAUCAUAUUUAUACAGAUAUAUCAGUUAUCCACUAAUUCUAGUUUGUAUUAUAAUAUUGCCUAAUUUGUCCUGUGUGAAUGUCAGGUUUGGAGGCCUGCUGUUUCCCGGGAUCUUCUUUGGAACCCCUGUCUUAAAGAUUUGGCAUCAGACUUGCUGCCUUGCAGUUCUCAAGUAUCAAGACAAUUUUAAGGAAAACUGUACUCUUAAAAACUCUUUGAUGAAUACCAUCCAGUCCUGGCAUUCUGUUGCUCUUCAGUUUGACUCUUUGUUCUGUAACCUCUUGUGUGAGACAGAUUUUCCCAUAACGACCCCAAAGGAAGGAGUCUGGCAAAGGAGUUGAAUCUAUCUCUAGUACUGUGAAUACAUAUGUAAAGAUUGUGGUGUAUUUUUCUGAGGUGGCAUUAUCAUUUCUCUUUUAGUAGCACUAAGAAAUGAAUCUUUUGCUAAUGGUGGCUUUCUGUAGGGAAGUUCCCUCAAGGUACAGCUGGGAUAUCUGAAGCAGUAACACAGAGUGAUGGGGAAUAAACUAUUUUGGUUGGUUGAUAGGUGGCAGAAAUUUGAUAGAGUAGGUAUGAGUGGCAUUAGUGGUGGAAUCCAUCAAAUAAUCAGUGCUCCUUGUUAGGAAUUACUUUGCUUUGUAGCUAAUAUCCCUUUUCUUUGAGUGAAUGAGGACAUAUGAUACAGCAGAUGCUUAAGUACCUUUUGUGUUAAUAUUUUUGUAAGCAAGCCUACUCAUGUCUGUAUUAGAAAAUAGUUCGACCACUUGUAUGUACCAAUGAUUUAACCCUUUACAGUACUGGUAAAGCAAUUGCUAGCAUAGUUUAAUGUAAUAGAUCUUUGAGUAUGUGCUAAAAAGAAUAGUAAGACUGUAUGUGCAUUUAUCACUAAAGCUUUCUAAUGUGUUAACUCUUUUUUCUCUCUGCUUUGUAAGGUCCUCUGAAGAUUUUAUUUUUGUAAGGCAAAUGAGAAAUUAUGUGGAUCCCAACUUCACAGUAUAGUCUUGGCCAGACAUAGGAGCAAGCCAGCUUGUCCAAAGGCUGCAGAGGCCUCUAGUUGGUGUUCAAAAGGAGUUUUUCUUGUUGCUACAGUGCUCCUCAAGCAAUGAAUACUUCAGAUUCCUUCCCAAAGGAAAGAAAAGCAUUCAGGUCUUUCAGAAAAGGGAUCCAACUAAAUGAUACAGGGAAACACUGCUGUUGUAUGCUACUGGUUUCUCCACAGCAGAGAGCACACACAGCAGUACUGAGGCCCAAUGCAGGACCAAGCCCAAGCCACAUAGGUACCCUCCAUCUCAGGGAUGUGGAGGUAUUUCAGGGAGCACGCAAGACUAACUCCCUGGUUCAAGCCACCUGUGUUCUUCCAGUCCCAUUGUCAUCCCUGCCACAUCUUGAUCAUCUCAUCCGAAGAGAAGAUUUUAAGCGGAUUUCUCAAAAGCAUACAGAAGAGACUUAGAAUCCUCAAGCAAAUUCUGGCUACUGGAGGUUCCCAAUAACAGAUAAAAUUAUUUGACCACCAUGAGCUGGAGUUUUUUGACCCGUCUGUUAGAGGAGAUCCACAAUCACUCAACCUUUGUUGGCAAAAUCUGGCUGACGGUGCUGAUUGUAUUUCGGAUUGUCCUAACUGCUGUGGGAGGAGAAUCCAUUUAUUAUGAUGAACAAAGCAAGUUUGUGUGCAACACGGAGCAGCCUGGCUGUGAGAAUGUUUGUUACGAUGCUUUUGCUCCUCUUUCACAUGUGAGAUUUUGGGUGUUUCAGAUCAUUCUUGUAGCCACUCCAUCUGUGAUGUAUUUAGGCUACGCAAUUCAUAAAAUUGCCCGGAUGGUAGAACACAGUGAAGCUGACAGAAGAAUCAGAAGUAAAAGUUUUUCAAUGCGCUGGAAACAACACCGUGGCUUAGAGGAAACCGAGGAGGAUCAUGAGGAAGACCCAAUGAUGUACCCAGAAAUAGAGCUGGAAAGCGAGCGGGAGAACAAAGAGCAGCAGGCCCCUGCCAAAGCUAAGCAUGAUGGCAGGCGGCGAAUUCGGGAAGAUGGACUCAUGAAAAUUUACGUGCUGCAGCUUCUUGCAAGGACUACGUUUGAAAUCGGUUUUCUUGUGGGUCAGUAUUUUUUGUAUGGUUUUGAGGUCAGCUCCAUAUUUGUGUGUAGUCGAAAGCCAUGCCCGCACAAGAUAGAUUGUUUUAUUUCAAGGCCAACUGAAAAGACCAUUUUUCUACUAAUAAUGUAUGGUGUGAGCUGUAUGUGUUUACUUUUGAAUGUUUGGGAGAUGCUUCAUUUGGGAUUUGGCACAAUCCGGGACACGUUAAACCACAAAAGAAAAGAGCUGGAAGACUCUGGUACCUAUAACUACCCUUUUACUUGGAAUACACCAUCUGCUCCUCCUGGCUAUAACAUUGCAGUGAAGCCAGAUCAAAUCCAGUAUACUGAACUGUCCAAUGCCAAAAUGGCCUACAAGCAGAACAAAGCCAAUAUAGCUCAGGAACAGCAGUAUGGAAGCAAUGAAGAGAACAUUCCAGCUGACCUUGAAAAUCUGCAGAGGGAAAUUAAAGUGGCUCAGGAACGCCUGGACCUUGCAAUCCAGGCUUAUAACAACCAAAACAAUCCCAGCAGUUCCAGAGAGAAGAAAUCCAAAGCAGGCUCAAACAAAAGCAGUGCCAGUAGCAAAUCAGGAGAUGGGAAGAACUCUGUCUGGAUUUAAUGUUGGUUGAGUUUAUAUAUUGUGUUUUUCUCCUAGUUUAUCAUAACCAGCAACUCCUUGAAUAAUUGCUUCCAUUAAGUAAAUAUUUGGCUCUGCUUAUUUUCAGGGAUACCGUUGGCUAGUGAUCCAGGCUUUCAGAAAGUGUUUAUACACAUAUUCUAGGAUUAUAGAACUUUAUUCUUCUGUCUUCCAAGCCAGGAGACAAAUAGGUAUAUUUAAAUCAUUCUCAUUGAACGGUUUAUGCUGUAUGUACAGUAUUAUAGUACAUUUAUUAUGCACAAUUUUUUGUAUAUGUACACUGGAUCUCUGAAGUUACACUUUUUUAUAUUAAUGAAGAGAGAACAGUAGGUAGCUGUUAGUAUUUUGCUAGUUUUAAUACUGUGGUCUGCAGGUUCAUUGUUGGGUUUUUUGUUUGUUUUAAAUGUAAAACUUUCUAUGCUGCAUUUCAAAAGUGCCUUGAACACACCACAGAAGAUUCUUUGGUUAUCCAGGCAGCCCACGGGCGCCAGUCACUUAGCAGCAGAGCGGUGAAAGAUUUGGAGAACAUCUGUUAAUGGUGCUGCUGACUGUACUUUUACAAAAAUGAUGUUCUACUUAAAAAUAGAAGAGUCAUACUAUGGUUAGUAUGUGCUACAGUUUUUUUACCCUAUGGAAAAUUACUUAUGGAAGAAUGCAUAUGUGUUAGAAUACUUAUGUUCCGAGUAAGAGUGCUGCCAUAAUGCAGACUGGGGCCAGACCUCCCUGCAAGCUUUAUUCAACAGGAGGGAAGAGAAACUUUGUCUCCUGUAAAGCAUUCAAAAAAAGUAAACAGAAACUUACUGUGUUCAGUAAUUCCAUGUAUUUAUGUAAUAUCUAUGGAAAGAAAUGUUUUUGAGGUCUGUUAUUAUAUAACACCCCACCCCUGAGGGCAUUGAAUUGUUGCAGUACCUUUUGGAUAACAGAUUUCUGUCUUUCUGAAGCAAUCUGGUUAGAUAGAGUCAUGGUAAUUUUUUCCCCAUGCAUUACAUUCAAGGAGUAACCUUCCUUCCCCCCACCCAGCACACGCACAUGCUGUCUACAAGAGUUUUUACAAAGCAGUUUCGGAAUAUAAAAGAUAAUGCCUUAUUCCAAACCCUCUUCCUUCCAUUGUGUCCAAGGAAUUAAGUUCAGACAGAGCAAUGUGUAUAACUUAGAUUUCUGCUUGAGAGACCAGUCAGAUUGGGCAUUCUGUGGUUUUGGCAUUAAACUUGAAUUUAUAAUUAGAAAAAGGAGAAUGCGGUAUUUACUGCCUUUGGUGGUGUCUUUUUGGCAAGGAUGAGCAUUAACGUUUGAGAGAUGCUGUUAAAUCUGUAUGCUUUUUGCCACUAUUUAUAAUGUAUUCAGGACCUUGCUCUGUUUUCUCUUUUGUCAGGUUUUAGCCUAUUUAAUAUUGGGAGGGAGUGGAGCUGCUCUGUUUCGAGGCUACCUCAAUCUUUACUGCCCUCAUUACAGUCUGAUCAGGAGCAGGAUUGAGAAGUAAGGCUACAUAGAGAGCGUAUGUAAACCCAUACUCCAUUCCUGUUCUGCAGAGCAUGUAAGUGUAGACUUUACGUGAAAUUUCAAGUAAGGGGAUAUGAGUUAUGCUAUGGUAACUGCAAGCACGUGCUCAUAUCCCUUUACUUUACCCAAGCGCUUGCUGAAAGCAGGUGUUUUGCUGAAUUAUUGUCAUGGUCUGUUUUCACUUUGGGACCCCAAACAGUGAGUGUCCAGGUGUAGAUCCCAGCUAUCAGCUCCGUUUCAGAGAGAGACGUAAAUGUACCUGAAGCCACUGCAGCCCUUUGUGCAAGGUCAGUGAGAGUCAGCUUCUCCAGUUCACCUUCGACAGAGAUCUGUUUUGUGUUUUGGAAGCAAACUUGCAUUUUGUUCUAACGGUACAUUCUGCCCUCUAUUCUGGAAAAGGAGCAACCUCACAAUUUUACACAUGAAAGUUGUGGAGUGGUCUUUUUGUCUAAAUGAUAAACAAACUAAGCAGAUAGCUGUCUCGGAAAGCUUAAGUGGACUUCUAGGCUGAGACAGCUAACCAGUUGGGAUGAACUUUGUGGGAUGAGAGAGUUUAUUGGUGCUCCUUUAGUUAAACAGGAGUCUGAAGAGAAGCACACCGCUUGAAGACAGGCAGAGAGGCUUCGCAGGUGGAAAAAUCCAAGUGUGAGGGAGAAGCUGGGUGAAAAACAUGUUGUCUGAAAGUACCAGAGGAAGACAUUUGGAGCCUGGAGAUAAACACGGAUGCAUGGCUACUCAUUAUCCCCAAAUGCUGUGGCUCAGUUGUUCUUUCCAGCCUCCCAAAAUGGUUAUGUUGCUUUUAACCCCAUGUGGUGAUUUUGAAUGCCCUUUAAUCAGCUGAACUGCAAGAAAUUAAAAUUCUUCUCCCCUUGCUGCUCUCUUCACAAACUAUCUCAGUGCAGCAGUUUCUUGUUAAUAGCUUAAGCUACCUUUGCAAUCAGUUUGUGACAGCUGCUUCACCUGUUAUUUGUAUUAGCCCUUUCCUGAUUAAUGAUCUAAACCAUUACCUGCAGAAAACUGCCUCAGGUCAGCCCUGUGAGCUUUUGUCCAAACCGGUAAAUAAUUCCAUUAAUGACCAGAGUAUGUAGAAUAUUCCUCUCCCAGCACUGAAUUCAUUCCGAAAAAGCAAAGUAAUGAAACUGUUUUUAUUACUAUUUUGUUUUCAUUUUAAUUGUAUAAAAGGUGCACAUUUUCUUUGAAACUGAGUGUUUGUUAUUAGUAGAGGAUGUCUGUUAAACUCUAAAUGUUCAUGCCUGUGAUUGUAUUCAGUUCCAAAGUAUUGGGCUUGACUUUUCCCUUCGGAAGAAACGAUACAGGCGUUACUUUAAGAUGCUCUCCUGCUUUGGCUUAAAUUUAGGCCAUUUGGAAAUAAACAUUCAGAACAAACUUUUAAAAAAUAUUGAACGUAACUUGUAUUUGUGUUGUCAUUCUCUGGUUUUGGAUGCAGUUUGGAAGAAUGUCUAUUAAAUCCAAUGAAUUUCUGAAAAAUCCACUCCGAAUGAGAUGGCUUUUUUUUUUUCCAGCAAUAGACUAUGCUCUGAAUAUGUGAGUGAGAGAGAGGGAUAUUCUAAUGAUUUGUCUUAAACAACAACUUGGAAUUUUUAUAUAUUUGACCUUGUUUACUAUAAUAAAGUUAGUCACAAAUCAACUGUGCGGUUUUUCAUGUGAAUUGUUCUUCAGUGACAAGAACAAUUCCAUUAAAAAAGAAAAAUCCAAACUUUGGAAGUCAGACCUUGAAAAGGGUACCACUUAUGAAAACAUUUUAUCACUGAAAUCUGCAUUUAUGCAUAUGAAUGAGCAUGCUGAUAUUGUCCAGUGAACUGUGCAGCAUUAGCUGGCCUAAUUUAGCUGCGAUUUUCAAAGGAACAUAAGGGAGUUGGCUGCCCAGCUCCUUUUAAAAAUUGCAGCUGAAUGCUUGUCUGUUUUGCAGUCACAAAAGACAGCUUUUGUAACUGUCCCAUGCUUUCCCCUCAUUUAAAAUUUUGCUUCAAAAAUGGAAGUAUAUAUAAGAAAGUAUUAUCUAGUUUGCCAUGUCAUGUAGCUAUGAGAAAGCCAAAAGUGAAAUGGGUUUGGUGGUAAGAAGUUAGAAUAAAAGGCUGUUUGUCCUUAGAAGUGUCUAUAUAGGCUUCUUCUUUCUGCCUCAGAAUUGGAGAAAAACCCAAUGCUA